AACUUUUCACACAAACUACAUAUGAACUAUUAUGAUAAUUAAAAUAACAUAAAUAUUUAGCAUAGAAAAUAAUACAAACUAGUGUUUAUGCAUUAAGUGACUUUUAUUUAUCGAAAUAAAAUGCCCAUUAUUAACAGCAAUACAGGGUAUACAACAAAAACAGUCAACUUGCAGUUCAGCUGAUUGUGCGGCCCUGGCAGAGAUCAGCUGUUAUUAAAUCUCGGCGCCAAUCAAAAGGGAACGGAGCAAUUUAGUUUAUUAUUUUUGUAAAAUAUGUAUAAACGUUUUAGAAAAUCAAAGGAGCAAAUAAUAAUUGCCGAAAAUAGCAGCAGUGAUGAAGAAAAAAAUGUCGAUGAAGUGAGCCAAAUUAUUGUGCGAAGACGUCCUGCAAAUAAUCAAAAAUAUGUGCCAAUCUGCCGCAGUAAAACUGUAUGCCUCGACGAUUCUCGUAUUUCAGAUGCGAGCACCGAUGGCGAGCAAGAGCAAGAGAAUAAACGCUGUUUAUUAAACUCGAACAGAUGUCGCGAUAAUUCCAAAGCGUUGCAUUUAACGCCUAGCAAUAAAUUCCAGCCACUAUCAGUGGCUAUUAGUGGCAAGAAGAUGUCACCAGCUUCAUUAUCAUCGUCGCCAACUCUAAACAACCUGAAUAAGUGUUCGCCGAAAACGCCGCCCGCUGUGGUUAUAAGUGUCAAAAAUAUGUCUCCAACUUCAUCAUCAUUAUCGACAACUCUAUGCAACCUUAUGAAGUGUUCUCCGGGAACGCCUCCAACAGCUUGGCAUAGUUUGAAGCGCACACUUGCAACCUUAAAGCGUGAGCGAAGUGUGUUGCAAACCUCCAUUCUAGACGCUAGUUACGUUGACAGCACCCCGAGUCCAUCGCUGGAGUCGAACCUAUCCACAUUAAUUGCCAAGCAGCCCAUGCUACACAAUGCCAAAGUCUACUCAGCUCAGAAGAAACAUCGCUGUGUUAAAGGUGGAUAUUUACAGGAAUACAAGCGUCUUAUUCAAAAACAGCGUAUGGAUCGUCGCAGUCUGCAGCACAAUCAACGCCUGGGCAUCAGUCCAGGACAACGAGUUCAAGUGGUGGCCAUCAACGAAUCCUUUGGCGUGCACAUGGCGCGAGUUCAAGAGAUAGAAGGCGACGCAAACAACUUCAAUGUGAUUGUGGAUCGCCAGAUGGCAGCGAGAAUCGUUGUGGGAUCGAAUUUGGAACUUUACUUCGACCCCAAGGCGGAGGCACCGUUGCAGAUGUCGAAUAAACAGCUCGUCUAUAUAGAACCGAAUAAAUUAGUUUUAUUAUAGGGAUACUUAUGCUAAAUACUUUGUAAAUACAAUUAAAAGUAGGAAUAGUUGUUGAUCUUAAAUAAACAUAGCUAGCGUCGCUUUUUCUUUUCCAAUUUGCGUAUUUUGUGCAGGCGUCGCGCAUUUGCACUGUUUGGCGUAGGUUCAUCAAUGAGGCCCCGUCCUUCGUCCUCGUUAGCAUCUAAGGAUUCAUUGCCGCUCAUUAAAACUGCGGCCGAGAUGCAGACAAACUGAAAGAUUGCUCCGACGAAAAGACCAUAACGCACUAGCAUACUGAAUAGGUCUUCCUCGCCAUAUUUGUCCAAAGAAGCCGAAACGCCCAAAUUUUCAGUCGACAUUUUAAAAA